AUGGUCUCUUUCCACCUCAGCUCGACAAGCAUCGGCAACGCUGCUGGGCCACCUUCAGCUGCAUUGGGCCAGGAUUACAAGUCACACACGUCGUGUAUCUCUGAGGCCGAAAAGUACCAAGGUGCCCUGUACAAGGGACCGAAGAAGGCCGGGGGACACCAGGGCAACAACAGCAAGUCUGCGACGCAGACCCCCGCCGCCUCCACUCCUGCCGACUCGCCGGCACCCUCCGAGUCAGGUGCCAGUGGAAUCCACCCUUCUCGUUUGAACCAGAUGGGGCGACCGGAGUACGACCGCGGUCAGUUUGGAGGACGCGGACGGGGAGGCUUCGGUGGAAGGGGUGGGCGCGGUGGUUUCCGUGGCGGUUUCCAGAACUCGCAGGGGUCGUGGUCGGCAACUGGUGAGAACAAGUUGCGCCCGGAAGGAGGAAUGAGGCAGUGGGGCUCUGCGCCUUCUUCGGACGUAGAGGCGACUUCUACUGCGCCCGGCACCCCCAACGUUGCUGCGCCGACAACGGGUGGUGGCGACGAGGAGCCGACGAAGAAGAAGCGCAAGGGAGACAAGGGUGGAACGGGAUCCAAGGCCAACUCGCGUGUUGGAAGUGAGGCUGUUGAUGAGGGUUCGAGCAAGAAGAGGAAACGCGAGGAGGGAGACGCGAUCCUGGCGACCGAGAAUGCGGCGCCCCCGUCGGAGAAGACCGUCAAGCGUAUCAAGAAGCACAUGAAGAAACUUGAGGACAAGGUCACCGAGACCAUGUCGUUGGCGGACUGGCUGAAGCGGGUGGCAGAGGGUAAGGAGAAGACACUUGACAACUCGGACGUUUUGCAGGGCGUCCAGGUCUCCCUCGUCAACGGUCACUGGCAGCUCAGCGCAUAG